UAUUAACUACGGCAAAUAAAAACCUAAUUUGCGUCUUUGGGAGGCGGAGCUGCUAGUGUGAAAACUUGCAAGUGUAGUUAGAGAGAGAAUGGAUCCGCUGUCAGCUCUGAGAGACUUCACGAUGAGAGGGGAGCUGGAGAAGAUCGUUAGGGUGAACGGCGAGUUCCGGUUCGGGGAGGAGUACUCGUUCCCCUGCUCGGCGGAGACAGCGUAUCGGUCGACGAAGGGGAACAGGUACACACUGGAGACGCUGGUGCACUACAUAAACAACCACCAGCUGAAGCACACGGAGUACUUCCAGAGCACCUUCGCCCUCGGCAUCCCCUCUGUCACCCUCCCUGAUCGCAAGCCCCUCCUCCAAUACCUCCAGGGCUCCCUCUCCUCCACCGACUCCGUCGAGUAUCGCCCGGAGGAUAUCCCCCACCCUCUCCCUCUCCCUCUCCCUCCCAACCCUAAUAAUCCACCACUCCUCCACCAACAACAACUUCCCUCCGGCGUCAUUCCCCAAAAUGCCCCUCACCCUCACCCUCCCCCUUCUCAUACCCCUGCCGCCCCGGAGGAGCCCCAAUUGGACUUCAUCUCCCUCAUUCGCUCCGCCGAGAAGCCCCUCAAGGACCGCGAGUCCCUUCUCGAGUGCAAGAACAGGGACUUCUACAGCGUCCUCGUCGCCGCCACCAAGCGUGAGGAGGAGCGCCAGCGCAUCGAGUCCCAGCAGCGCAAGGACGGCCUUGUCGCCAAGAGCCGUCUCAUGGGCGCCGACGAGAGGGGUUUAGGGUUUGGUGACGACAUGAGCUACGACCCCACUCCCAAGCCCAAGAUGCAUCUCAAGGGUUCCAAGAUUGGGGAAGGGGUCCCCAUCAUUUUCGUGCCCAGCGCGUUUCAGACGCUGAUCACUAUUUACAACGUGAAGGAGUUUCUGGAGGAUGGGGUCUAUAUACCCACCGAUGUUAAGGUGAAGCAGAUGAAGGGCGCCAGGCCUGAUUGCGUGACGGUGCAGAAGAAGCUGAGCAGGGACAGGGUGGUCACCGCUUAUGAGGUCAGGGAUAAGCCCUCUUCCCUCAAGGGUGAGGAUUGGGAUCGUGUUGUCGCCGUUUUCGUCUUGGGCAAGGAGUGGCAAUUUAAGGAAUGGCCUUUCAAGGAUCAUGUCGAGAUUUUUAACAAAAUUAUUGGGUUUUACAUGCGUUUUGAAGAUGAUAGUUUGGAAUCAGCAAAAAUUGUGAAGCAGUGGAAUGUGAAGAUUAUAUCGAUUAGCAAGAACAAGCGACAUCAAGACAAGGCUGCAGCAUUGGAGGUCUGGGACAGGCUAGAAGAGUUUGUACGGUCACGAUCACAUUCUUAAUGUGUGUACCAUAUUUAUAACCCUGUAUGUAAUAUUCGUUUCCUCAAACUGAAUACUAAACAUUUUUGGCUGUCUUAUGAUGUGUUAUGAGAUGAGAUAAAUAGUCCAAAUAAUUUAUUGUUAGUGAAAUUAGUAUUGACAAUUUGUUGAUUUCUUUUUUAUGCUA